AUGACUGUCGAACCGUUAUGGGAGCAGAUUAUCUCUAAGAAACGGGCGAUCAGAGAUAAACUACUGGUCCCGUAUCUGACCAGCAUAAAAGAUCGACAGGUUCAAGUGGAUAAUGUUCAUGAGCGCAGUCGAGUGGAGGGAGAAGUUGAAGCCAUCACGGACAUUGAUAAUGUGGAAGAAGUAUUGCAGAGGAUGCAAAAAGGUGAUUUUUCUGCCGAGCAGAUUGUCAAGGCAUACAUACAACGGGCCGUGGUCGCACAUCAGUUGACCAACUGUCUAACAGAGGUGGUAUUUGAUGAUGCAUUGCAGCAAGCCAAGAAACUCGAUGAAGACUUCCAGAUAACCCAUCAAAUCAAGGGUCCUCUGCAUGGAAUCCCAUUUACCGUCAAAGACCAGUUCAAUAUCAAAGAUGUGGAUACCACCUUGGGUUAUGUGGGCCGAUCUUUCGAUCCAGCCCAGCAGGAUGCCGUUCUAGUUCGAAUCUUGAAGAAUAUGGGUGCAAUUGUCAUCGCAAAGACUAACUUGCCCCAGAGUAUCAUGUGGGCAGAAACCGAAAACCCACUGUGGGGACUGACCACCAACCCUCGUAACCCUACCUUCUCCCCAGGGGGCUCCACUGGUGGUGAAGGCUCCCUUCUGGCCUUGCAUGGAUCUUUGAUGGGCUUUGGUACAGACAUUGGAGGUAGUGUGCGAAUUCCUCAAAGCAUAGCCGGUCUGUAUGGCUUGAAGCCCUCGAGCAGCCGAUUUCCUUACGAAGGCGUCCCGGUGUCGACAGAAGGCCAAGAGCAUGUUCCGUCAGCUGUGGGACCGAUGACUAGAGAUCUUCAAUCCCUUUACUACAUCACUAAGCUCGUGACGAACAGCCGGCCAUGGGAUUUAGAUCCUCGAUGUACACCUCUGCCUUGGAAUGACGCUGUGUUCCACGAGAUUCAGACUCGUCCCAUGGUCAUUGGACUCAUCAUGGAUGAUGGUGUCGUCAAAGUCCACCCGCCGAUUGCCCGGGCUCUAAAAGAGUUGACGGUCAAAUUGAAAUCCGCGGGCCACGAAGUUGUACCCUGGGAUACAUCAGACCACGCAGAAUGUAUCGAGGUCAUGGAUCUCUACUAUACCGCUGACGGAGGAGAAGAUAUCCGUAGGGCUGUCGGUGCCGCCGGUGAACCCUAUAUCCCCCACGUGGAAGCCCUAAUCAACCGUGGCAAACCAAUCUCCGUAUACGAAUAUUGGCAGCUGAACAAGCGGAAGUUUGCUGCGCAGAAGAAAUACCUCGAUAAAUGGAAUGCCGUGCGAUCUGCAUCUGGGAGACCUGUCGAUAUCCUGCUGAGUCCAACAUUGCCACAUACAAGUGUUCCCCACAGGAAGUUUCGAUGGGUGGGAUAUACCAAGAUCUGGAAUUUUCUGGACUAUCCAGCAGUGACAUUUCCCGUAGACGGGGUGAGAGCGGAUCGAGAUCAGUUGCCAGCCGAGCCUUAUGUGCCAAGGAAUGCAUUAGAUGAGUGGAAUUGGUUACUAUACGAUGCGGAUCAGGUGGAUGGGUAUCCCGUGAAUCUGCAGAUCAUUGGCAAGAAAUUGGAAGAAGAGAAGGUGUUGGGAGCCGUCACUGCCGUGGAAAACAUCUGGAAGGGCCAAAUUGCCAGCCAAGCUUGA